CGUUGUAGCAGCUGCAUAAUAAAUGACUGAGAGAAUCAUGUUAGGCAUGCCCACCUAACCUAACUUGAAUCAUGCGAAAGGGGAGCUGUUGGAAUUCAAAUAGACUUUCUGGUUCCCAGCAGUCGGCAGUAAUAGAAUGCUUUCAGGAAGAUGACAGAAUCAGGAGAAUGAUGCUGUUUUGCACUAUCUUGAUUUGUUACAGCAGCCAACUUAUUGGCAUGAUGGAGUGACAGGAAAAACAGCUGGCAUGGAAGAUGAAAGAGAAGAUGUUCAAAAGAAAACAUUCACAAAAUGGAUAAAUGCACAAUUUUCUAAGUUUGGGAAGCAGCACAUAGAGAACCUCUUCAGUGACCUGCAGGAUGGAAGACGCCUCCUAGACCUUCUCGAAGGCCUCACAGGGCAAAAACUGCCAAAGGAAAAAGGAUCUACAAGAGUUCAUGCCCUGAACAAUGUCAACAAGGCACUGAGGGUCUUGCAGAAAAAUAAUGUCGAUUUAGUGAAUAUUGGAAGCACUGACAUAGUAGAUGGAAAUCAUAAACUGACUCUUGGUUUGAUUUGGAAUAUAAUCCUCCACUGGCAGGUAAAAAAUGUAAUGAAAAAUAUCAUGGCUGGAUUGCAACAAACAAACAGUGAAAAGAUUCUCCUGAGCUGGGUCCGACAAUCAACUCGUAAUUAUCCACAGGUUAAUGUCAUCAACUUCACCACUAGCUGGUCUGAUGGCCUUGCUUUGAAUGCUCUCAUCCAUAGUCAUAGGCCAGACCUGUUUGAUUGGAACAGUGUGGUUUGCCAGCAGUCUGCCACACAAAGACUGGAACAUGCAUUCAACAUCGCCAAACGUCAGUUAGGCAUAGAGAAACUACUUGAUCCUGAAGAUGUUGCUACCACUUAUCCGGAUAAGAAGUCCAUCUUAAUGUACAUCACAUCACUCUUCCAAGUUUUGCCUCAACAAGUGAGCAUUGAAGCCAUCCAGGAAGUUGAAAUGUUGCCGAGGCCUUCAAAAGUGACUAGAGAAGAACAUUUUGAAUUACAUCAUCAAAUGCACUAUUCUCAACAGAUUACGGUCAGUCUAGCACAGGGCUAUGAGCGAACAUCUUCCUCGCCUAAGCCUCGGUUCAAGAGCUAUGCCUACACACAGGCUGCUUAUGUCACCACCUCUGACCCCUCGCGGAGUCCAUUUCCUUCACAGCAUUUGGAAGCUUCUGAAGACAAGUCAUUUGGCAGUUCAUUGAUGGAGACUGAAGUAAACCUGGACAGUUACCAAACAGCUUUAGAAGAAGUACUCUCAUGGCUUCUUUCUGCUGAAGACACGUUGCAAGCACAAGGAGAGAUUUCGAAUGAUGUAGAAGAAGUAAAAGAACAAUUUCAUACUCAUGAGGGAUAUAUGAUGGAUUUGACAUCCCAUCAGGGACGAGUUGGUAAUGUUCUACAGUUGGGAAGUCAACUGAUUGGAGCAGGAAAAUUAUCAGAAGAUGAAGAAACUGAAGUACAAGAACAAAUGAAUCUUCUAAAUUCAAGAUGGGAAUGCCUCAGGGUAGCUAGCAUGGAAAAACAAAGCAAUUUACAUAAAGUUCUAAUGGAUCUCCAGAAUCAGAAACUGAAAGAGUUAAAUGACUGGCUGACAAAAACAGAAGAGAGAACAAGGAAAAUGGAGAAAGAGCCCCUUGGACCCGACCUUGAAGACCUAAAACGCCAAGUACAACAACAUAAGGUGCUUCAAGAAGAUCUAGAACAGGAACAAGUCAGGGUCAAUUCUUUAACUCACAUGGUGGUGGUAGUAGAUGAAUCCAGUGGAGAUCAUGCAACUGCUGCUUUGGAAGAACAACUUAAGGUACUAGGAGAUCGAUGGGCAAAUAUCUGUAGGUGGACAGAAGAUCGCUGGGUUCUUUUACAAGACAUUCUUCUAAAAUGGCAGCGUUUUACAGAAGAACAGUGCCUUUUUAGUGCGUGGAUUUCAGAAAAAGAAGAUGCAAUGAACAAGAUUCAAACAACUGGUUUUAAGGAUCAAAAUGAAAUGUUAUCAAGUCUUCAAAAAAUGGCUAUUUUAAAAACAGAUCUAGAAAAGAAAAAGCAAACUAUGGACAAACUCAGUUCACUCCACCAAGAUCUUCUUUCAACACUGAAAAAUAAAUCGGUGACACAAAAGAUGGAAGCCUGGAUGGAAAACUUUGCACAGCGUUGGGAUAAUUUAGUCCAAAAACUUGAAAAGAGUUCAGCACAGAUUUCACAGACUGUCACCACCACUCAGCCAUCACUAACGCAGACAACUGUAAUGGAAACGGUAACUAUGGUGACCACAAGGGAACAAAUCCUGGUAAAGCAUGCCCAAGAGGAACUUCCACCACCACCUCCCCAAAAGAAGAGGCAGAUCAUUGUGGAUUCUGAAAUUAGGAAAAGGUUGGAUGUCGAUAUUACUGAACUUCACAGUUGGAUUACUCGCUCAGAAGCUGUAUUGCAGAGUCCUGAAUUUGCAAUCUAUCGGAAGGAAGGCAACUUCUCAGACCUUAAAGAAAAAGUUAAUGCCAUAGAUCGAGAAAAAGCCGAGAAGUUCAGAAAACUGCAAGAUGCCAGCAGAUCAGCUCAGACCCUGGUGGAACAGAUGGUGAAUGAGGGUGUUAAUGCUGACAGCAUCAAACAAGCCUCAGAACAACUGAACAGCCGGUGGAUAGAGUUCUGCCAGUUGCUAAGUGAGAGACUUAACUGGCUGGAGUAUCAGAACAACAUCAUCAUCUUCUAUAAUCAGUUACAACAAUUGGAGCAGAUGACAACUACUGCUGAAAAUUGGUUGAAAACCCAACCCACCACCACAUCAGAGCCAACAGCAAUUAAAAGCCAGUUAAAAAUCUGUAAGGAUGAAGUCAACCGGCUGUCAGCUCUUCAGCCUCAAAUUGAGCGAUUAAAAAUUCAAAGCAUAGCCCUGAAAGAGAAAGGACAAGGGCCAAUGUUCCUGGAUGCAGACUUUGUGGCCUUUACAAAUCAUUUUAACCAAGUCUUUGCUGAUGUGCAGGCCAGAGAGAAAGAGCUACAAACAAUUUUUGACACUUUGCCACCCAUGCGCUAUCAGGAAACAAUGAGUACCAUCCGGACAUGGAUCCAGCAGUCAGAAAACAAACUUGCUAUACCUCAGCUUAGUGUCACUGAAUAUGAAAUCAUGGAGCAGAGACUUGGAGAGUUGAAGGCUUUGCAAAGUUCUCUGCAAGAACAACAAAGUGGCUUAAAUUAUCUCAGCACCACUGUGAAAGAGAUUUCAAAGAAAGCCCCCUCUGAAAUUAGUCAGAAAUACCAAUCAGAAUUUGAAGAGAUUGAAGGACGCUGGAAGAAACUCUCCUCGCAGCUGGUAGAACAUUGCCAAAAGCUAGAAGAACAAAUGAAUAAACUUCGAAAAAUACAGAAUCACAUAAAAACACUGAAGAAAUGGAUGGCUGAAGUUGAUGUUUUCCUGAAAGAGGAAUGGCCUGCUCUUGGAGAUUCAGAAAUUCUAAAAAAACAGCUGAAACAGUGCAGACUUUUAGUCAAUGAUAUUCAGACGAUCCAGCCCAGUUUAAACAGUGUCAAUGAAGGUGGGCAGAAGAUAAAGUAUGAAGCCGAGCCAGAGUUUGCAUCCAGACUUGACACUGAACUCAAAGAACUUAACACUCAGUGGGAUUACAUCUGCCGUCAGGUCUGUGCCAGAAAAGAAGCCUUAAAAGGAGGUUUGGAUAAAACUGUAAGUCUCCAGAAAGAUCUAUCAGAAAUGCAUGAAUGGAUGACUCAAGCUGAAGAAGAAUACCUAGAGAGAGAUUUUGAAUAUAAAACUCCAGAUGAAUUACAGAGAGCAGUUGAAGAGAUGAAGAGAGCUAAAGAAGAGGCUCAGCAAAAGGAAAUGAAAGUGAAACUCCUUACCGAAACUGUAAAUAGUGUCAUAGCUCAAGCUCCACCUGCAGCACAAGAGGCCUUAAAAAAGGAACUUGACACUCUUACCAGCAACUAUCAGUGGCUGUGCACCAGGCUCAAUGGGAAAUGCAAGACUUUGGAAGAAGUUUGGGCAUGUUGGCAUGAGUUAUUGUCAUACUUGGAGAAGGCAAACAAGUGGCUAAAUGAAGUAGAAUCAAAACUUAAAACUACUGAAAAUAUUCCUGGUGGAGCUGAGGAACUCUCUGAGGUCCUAGAAUCUCUUGAGAAUUUGAUGCAACAUUCAGAAGAUAACCCGAAUCAGAUUCGCAUAUUGGCACAGACCCUAACAGAUGGUGGUGUCAUGGAUGAACUGAUCAAUGAGGAACUUGAGACUUUUAAUUCUCGUUGGAGGGAACUACAUGAAGAGGCCGUGAGGAGGCAAAAGUUGCUUGAACAGAGUAUCCAGUCUGCCCAGGAGAUUGAAAAAUCCUUACACUUAAUUCAGGAAUCCCUUGCAUUCAUUGACAAGCAGUUGGCAGCUUAUAUUGCUGAAAAAGUGGACGCAGCUCAAAUGCCUCAGGAAGCACAGAAAAUCCAGUCAGAAUUGACAAGUCAUGAGAUCAGUUUAGAAGAAAUGAAGAAACAUAACCAAGGAAAAGAGGCUACCCAAAGAGUUCUAUCCCAAAUUGAUGUUGCACAGAAAAAAUUGCAGGAUGUCUCUAUGAAGUUUCGAUUAUUCCAGAAACCAGCUAAUUUUGAACAGCGUCUAGAAGAAAGUAAAAUGAUUUUAGAUGAAGUGAAGAUGCACUUGCCUGCACUGGAAACAAAGAGUGUUGAACAGGAAGUAGUACAGUCACAGUUAAAUCAUUGUGUGAAUUUGUAUAAAAGUCUGAGUGAGGUGAAGUCUGAAGUGGAAAUGGUGAUAAAAACCGGACGUCAAAUUGUACAGAAGAAGCAGACGGAAAACCCCAAAGAGCUUGAUGAAAGAGUGACAGCUUUGAAAUUGCAUUAUAAUGAGCUGGGUGCGAAGGUAACAGAAAGAAAACAGCAGUUGGAGAAAUGCUUGAAGUUGUCCCGUAAGAUGCGGAAGGAAAUGAAUGUCUUGACAGAAUGGCUGGCAGCUACAGAUAUGGAAUUGACAAAGAGAUCAGCAGUUGAAGGAAUGCCUAGUAAUUUGGAUUCUGAAAUUGCCUGGGGAAAGGCUACUCAGAAAGAGAUUGAAAAGCAAAAGCUGCAUUUGAAGAGUGUCACAGAACUAGGAGAGGCUUUGAAAACGGUGUUGGGCAAGAAGGAGACCUUGGUAGAAGAUAAACUGAGUCUUCUGAAUAGUAACUGGAUAGCUGUUACUUCCCGAGCAGAAGAGUGGUUAAAUCUUUUGUUGGAAUACCAGAAACACAUGGAAACCUUUAACCAGAACGUCGAUCAGAUUACAAAGUGGAUUAUUCAGGCUGAUAUACUUUUGGAUGAAUCUGAGAAAAAGAAACCCCAGCAAAAAGAAGACAUACUUAAGCGUUUAAAGGCUGAAAUGAAUGACAUGCGCCCAAAGGUGGACUCCACACGUGAUCAAGCAGCGAACUUGAUGGCAAACCGCGGUGACCACUGCAGGAAAAUAGUAGAACCUAAAAUCUCAGAGCUCAACCAUCGAUUUGCAGCCAUUUCUCACAGAAUUAAGACUGGAAAGGCCUCCAUUCCUUUGAAGGAAUUGGAGCAGUUUAACUCAGAUAUACAAAAAUUGCUUGAACCACUGGAGGCUGAAAUUCAGCAGGGGGUGAAUCUGAAAGAGGAAGACUUCAAUAAAGAUAUGAUGAAGACUCAGAAAUUGGCUAAGCGGUGUAAAUUUAAUGCACGCAGCGGUGGGGCUUCUGCUCCGCCUAAGCCAUUUGUUUUGAAGCCGCGCGGCGCUCUUUCUAUUCGGUCUGACUGUAGUGUUAUUGUGAUUAUUGUGUUAUUGUUUCUGUCUCUGUAUUCUAUCUCCUCAUCUAAAGCUAACAUGGGGCAAUCAAUCACGACCCCUUUGAGUCUCGCCCUCGACCAUUGGCAAGACGUCCGGAGUCGGGCAGAUAACCUCUCUGUAGAAGUUAAAAAGAAAAAAUGGGUAACACUUUGUACUGCAGAUUGGCCAACACUCAAUGUGGGUUGGCCAAAAGAGGGUACAUUUAACCUAGAUCUUAUAUUACAGGUAAAGUCCCAGGUUUUCAUCCAAGGUCCUCAGGGACACCCUGAUCAAGUACCCUACAUCGUUACCUGGGAAAAUCUGGCCUCUGACCCACCCCUCUGGGUCGCCCCUUUCUCUCCUCCUAAGCCUGUCCUACGAUCUCCCUCCGAAGCCCCACCUCCACCCUCUGCUCCACUUAUCCCAAUACCCGCACCCCCUCCCCAAACCUCCAGGCUCUAUCCCAUUCUUGAAAAACCCAGAAAGGCGACUCUGGCAGUGACGGAACCCAAGAAGGUUUUGCUGCCAGAAGAUUCAGCUCUCCUAGAUCUGACAAUCGAAGAAACCAGACCCCCACCUUAUCAGUCCCAACCCAUACUGGCUUCUAAUCCCAUCCAGGUCUCCUCGGAAGGAGAAGAAGAAGGAGUAGAUCCAGUCCUCAGUAAUCCUCCGGGCCUCUCCCCCAUGGUUAAGAGACUUCGGGGCUGCCGAGAGCCUGCCACCUCAGGAGAUACAUCGAAAGUUCUCCCCUUACGGCAGACGGGGGGCCCCAAUGGCCAAUACCAGUAUUGGCCUUUCUCUGCCUCUGAUCUCUAUAACUGGAAAACACAUAACCCAUCCUUUUCUAGUGACCCUGUAGCUCUAACCUCUCUAAUAGAAUCUAUUCUAGUGACUCACCAGCCGACAUGGGAUGAUUGCCAGCAGCUUUUACAGAUCCUCCUCAUUUGUGAGGAAAAACAGAAAGUUCUCCUGGAAGCCCACAAAAAUGUGCCAGGGGAUGACGGGCGCCCCACUAAACUCCCAAAUUUGAUUAAUGAAGCUUUCCCCUUGACUCGGCUGGACUGGGACUAUAACACUGAUGCAGGUAGGAACCACCUAUGUCUCUAUCGCCAGUUACUCAUAGCGGGUCUCCACGGAGCAGGGCGACGGCCCACCAAUUUGGCUCAGGUAAGACAAACUACCCAAGGGUCAGAAGAAACCCCGACUGCCUUUUUAGAGAGACUUAAGGAAGCCUAUCGGAGGUACACGCCUUUUGACCCCGACAGUGAGGAUCAGAGAGUGGAUACAGGAGCCCAACACUCGGUGCUGACACGGGCAUCAGGACCUAUGAGCCAUAAAACAACGUGGAUUCAAGGUGCCACCGGGAGCAAGCCGUACCGAUGGACCACCAAAAGAGAAGUACACCUUGCCACAGGUAAAGUUUCCCAUUCGUUUCUGCAUGUGCCUGAUUGUCCAUAUCCACUACUAGGAAGAGACUUAUUGACCAAAUUGAGAGCCCAAAUUUAUUUUAAGGAUGGGAGUGCCUCCAUCACGGGGCCAAACCAGGCCCCCUUACACGUAUUGACUUUCAGAUUAGAAGACGAAUAUAGACUUUUUGACAAACCUUCUGUACCUAUGAAGGACAUGGACUAUUGGCUUGAUUCCUACCCGGAGGCUUGGGCUGAAACCGGAGGAAUGGGAAUGGCUAAGCAACAACCUCCGAUAGCCAUUCACCUAAAAGCCACUGCCACUCCCAUAAGUAUUAAGCAGUAUCCUAUGUCAAGGGAAGCUUACCAGGGCAUCAGACCACAUAUCAAACGCCUCCUAGACCAAGGCAUCCUAACUCCUUGCCGGUCGACCUGGAACACCCCAUUGUUGCCAGUCAAAAAGCCAGGAACAAAUGACUACAGACCUGUUCAGGACUUGAGAGAGGUAAAUAAAAGGGUAGAAGAUAUUCACCCCACGGUGCCUAACCCUUACAAUCUCCUCAGCACCUUACCUCCUACCCAUACUUGGUAUACCGUUCUGGACCUGAAAGAUGCCUUCUUCUGCCUAAGAUUGUCUCCCCAAAGCCAGGCUCUCUUUGCAUUCGAAUGGAAGGAUCCCGAAAAAGGAGUUUCUGGACAACUGACCUGGACAAGACUGCCACAAGGGUUUAAAAACAGUCCGACGCUCUUCGAUGAGGCUUUACAUCAGGAUUUGGCCGAUUUUCGUGUAAGACACCCCUCCUUAAUUAUGCUUCAGUAUGUAGAUGACAUCUUGCUGGCUGCCACCUCUGAGGAAGAAUGCCUGGCAGGUAGGGAGGCAUUACUACAAACUUUGGGGCAGUUGGGGUAUAAAGCAUCAGCUAAAAAGGCUCAAAUCUGCCAAACCACAGUAACUUAUUUAGGAUAUGAACUUCAUGACGGCCAACGGUGGCUGACAGCUGCCAGAAAAGAAACUAUCUCGAGCAUACCAACCCCCCAGAAUCCUAAGCAGCUGCGGGAAUUCCUAGGGACCGCAGAUGUUACCAAGCCUUUUAACCUGUUUAUAGAUGAGAAGCAGGGUUAUGCAAAAGGGGUUCUAACCCAAAAAUUGGGGCCCUGGAGGCGUCCUAUAGCCUACCUGUCAAAGAAAUUGGAUCCAGUGGCAUCAGGAUGGCCACCAUGUCUCCGGAUGAUAGCAGCUGUAGCUAUUCUGAUUAAGGAUGCCACUAAACUGACUUUGGGACAGCCAUUAACCCUAUUAACCCCUCAUGCCAUUGAGACCAUAAUUCGCCAGCCGCCCGACCGCUGGAUGUCAAACGCCCGACUCACCCAUUACCAGUCUCUGUUGCUGGACACUGACCGAAUUCAGUUCGGCCCUAUGGUUACACUGAAUCCAGCGACCCUCCUGCCACUCCCAGGAGAAGCAAAUCCUCACAACUGCCAGCAGAUUCUCGCAGAAACACAAGGAACCCGGCCAGACCUCACAGACCAACCGAUGAAGGAUGCGGAGCUGGUCUGGUACACAGAUGGGAGCAGUUACCUGCUCAAUGGAGAACGACGAGCAGGAGCAGCCAUCACCACCGAAUCUGAGGUAAUACGGGCGAGUGCACUGCCGGGUGGGACAUCAGCUCAGCGGGCAGAACUGAUAGCUCUGACCCAAGCCUUAAAGUUGGCAGAGGGGAAGAAACUAAAUGUGUACACAGACAGCAGGUAUGCUUUUGCCACUGCUCAUAUACAUGGAGAAAUUUACAGGCGCCGGGGAUUACUGACCUCAGAGGGAAAAGAAAUCAAAAAUAAGACUGAAAUAUUGGCUUUGCUUAAAGCUUUAUUUCUGCCCAAAAAGUUAUGUAUCAUGCAUUGUCCCGGCCAUCAAAAAGGAGAUACUCCGGAGGCCAAAGGGAACAGAUUAGCAGAUGAGACAGCCAAGAAAGCAGCCCUAGGGCCACAACUUUUAGUGAUGACUCUAUUGCCCCAACGGGUAGACCCACGACAUGAUGACUAUGAGGAGCAGUGGGUCUAUGAGGACAGAGAUUUAGAUAUCAUACAGAAGCUGGAAGCCUCUUACAACCCAGAGGAGAAUACCUGGGAAUAUCAAGGAAAGACUGUAGUGCCCCUCAAAAAUGCAAAAGAACUGGUGAAAUCCUUACACAGACUGACACAUCUUGGGGCUAAAAAUAUGAGAGAUCUUUUAGACCGUGGAGAGGGCACUCUAUAUCUUCCUGAUAGGGACCGACUUCUCCAGCAAAUUGCAGGAAAUUGUCAAGCAUGUGCCCAGGUAAAUGCUGGUAAAAUUAAAAUUGGAACAGGAGUUCGGGUAAGAGGACAUAAACCUGGAACCCAUUGGGAAAUAGACUUCACUGAAAUCAAACCGGGUAUGUAUGGAUAUAAAUAUCUUCUAGUUUUUGUUGACACUUUCUCCGGAUGGGUAGAAGCAUUCCCGACUCGGCAUGAAACUGCUAAGGUGGUCGCUAAAAAACUGUUGGAAGAAAUUUUCCCAAGGUAUGGGGUACCCGGGACAAUUGGGUCGGAUAACGGGCCUGCCUUCACCUCUCAGGUAAGUCAGAUGGUGGCCAAUACAUUGGGGAUUAAUUGGAAAUUACAUUGUGCUUAUAGACCCCAAAGUUCAGGACAGGUAGAAAGAAUGAAUAGAACCAUCAAGGAGACUUUAACCAAAUUAACGCUUGAAACUGGCACUAGAGACUGGGUACAACUCCUACCUUUAGCCUUGUACCGGGCCCGGAACACCCCGGGCCCACAGGGACUAACCCCAUUUGAAAUUAUGUAUGGUGCCCCACCACCCGCUGUUAACUUUUAUGAAACUGAAAUCUAUGCCUCCCCCACCCCAUCUAUGCAGACUCAUUUGCGCGCACUGCAACUAGUCCAGAACGAGGUUUGGAAACCAUUGGCAGCGGCAUAUAAGGAAGAGCUCAAAACCCCCUCGGUGCCACAUUCCUUCGAAAUUGGAGACACCGUCUGGGUGCGCAGACACCAGAAUAAGAACCUUGAACCACGGUGGAAGGGACCCUACACCGUCCUGUUGACCACUCCUACUGCAGUCAAAGUGGACGGCAUCACCGCCUGGAUCCACGCUUCCCACGUGAAGGCUGCAUGUCCACAAGAUUCCAUAGACACCUCUCCAGAUCCAGGAUGGAAGUUGCAACGUAGUAACCCCCAUGUCCCCAUGAAACUGAUCUGGCAAGUUUACUCCCAGACUGGGGAAGUAAUCUGGUCAAUUACUGCAAUCCAUACCCCUGGCACUUGGUGGCCCACCUUAACCCCGGACUUUUGUCAACUAGCUGCUGGCCUGGACACAUGGGAUAUUCCCACCCAAACAUCUGACAAUUUGGCCUCAAAGGCACCUCGACCACCAGGUUGGGGACUGCCAGGAUGCGCUGGGCCAGAACAUAGGUGUCGGUUAGCCCAAUUUGACUUUUAUGUUUGCCCCCGGGACGGUAGGGAUAGAUCCCGGGCAUACAAAUGUGGAGGUUAUGAAUCGUACUUCUGCGCCUCCUGGGGAUGUGAAACCACUGGAGAUGCUUACUGGCGACCCUCAUCCAACUGGGACGUCGUGACAGUAGGCAAGAAUUUCACUGUCCCAAACUCCAAUCCCUCGGCUUGCUAUGCCCCCGGUUCUCAAUUUACCUCGGGCAUGUCAUUGCCCCUUAAGAUUCAAUUCACAGAAGCAGGUAAAAAAACAAUUGAUUUCUGGCUAACUGGUAGAACAUGGGGGCUCCGAUGGUAUAUGUUAGGGCCCGACCCCGGUGUGACCCUCAAAAUUAAACUAACUCAAGCCCCAGCCACCGUCAGUUCAAUAGGACCUAACUCUGUACUUGGUGACCAAAAGAUUCCUUCGCUACCUAAACGGACCAAAGAAAAUUUUACAAGAUCUCCCCCUAGUAAGCUACCCCAGCUGCAAAAUGUGACUACGAGUUACCGAGCCUCCAGUCACCCCCCUGAGCCCACUCACCCUGGAACUGGAGAUCGGUUAUUCAAUCUGAUACAAGGAGCAUUUUAUGCCCUUAACUCCACUGACCCCAAUCGCACCCAAGACUGUUGGCUAUGCCUUACAUCUAGCCCACCUUAUUAUGAGGGGAUUGCAAUAGUGUCCCAUUGGAAUAAUGGCACUAUUCCUGAUCCUAAGUGUAUGUCCCUGCCCAGUUAUAAGUUAACCAUUACUGAGGUGUCAGGACAAGGGGUCUGCAUAGGGAACGAUGUGGGGCUUCAUUUUUGUUUCGCCUUUUUGGGUAUCUUACAGGAACUCCAGGAUGGCAUUGGGCAGAGGCAAACUGUUGUCAGAACCCUGAAUGCAACUGGAGAAGAAAUAAUUCAACAGUCCUCCAAAACAGAUGCCAGUAUUCUGCAGGAAAAAUUGGGAAGCCUGAAUCUACGGUGGCAGGAGGUCUGCAAACAGCUGGCAGAAAGAAAAAAGAGGCUAGAAGAACAAAAGAAUAUCUUGUCAGAAUUUCAAAGAGAUUUAAAUGAAUUUGUUUUAUGGUUGGGAGAAGGAGAUAGCAUUACUAGUAUUCCACUUGAACUUGGAAAUGAGGAGCAGCUAAAAGAAAAGCUUGAACAAGUCAAGUUACUGGUGGAAGAGUUGCCUCUGCGCCAGGGAAUUCUAAAACAAUUAAAUGAAACCGGAGGAACAGCACUUGUAAGUGCUCCCAUAAGCCCAGAAGAGCAAGAUAAACUUGAAAAUAAGCUCAAACAGACAAACCUCCAGUGGAUAAAGGUUUCUAGAGCUUUACCUGAAAAACAAGGAGAACUUGAGGCUCAUAUAAAAGAUCUUGGGCAGCUUGAACAACAGUUGGAUCAUCUGCUUCUGUGGCUGUCUCCUAUUAGGAAUCAGUUGGAAAUUUAUAACCAAACAACUCAAACAAGACCAUUGGACAUUAAGGAAACUGAAGUAGCAGUUCAAGCUAAACAACCGGAUGUGGAGAGGAUUUUGUCUAAAGGGCAGCAUUUGUACAAGGAAAAACCAGCCACUCAGCCAGUGAAGAAGAAGCUGGAAGAUCUGAGCACUGAGUGGGAAGCAGUAAACCACUUACUUCAAGAGCUGAGGGCAAAAUACCCUGACCUUGUUCCUGGACUGACCCCUAUUGGAGCCUCUCCUAGUCAGACUGUUACUCUAGUGACACAACCUGUGGUUACCAAGGAAACUGCUAUCUCCAAACUAGAAAUGCCAUCUUCAUUGCUGUUGGAAGUUCCUGCUCUGGCAGAUUUCAACCGGGCUUGGACAGAACUUACUGAAUGGCUUUCUCUGCUUGAUCGAGUGAUAAAAUCACAAAGGGUGAUGGUCGGUGAUCUUGAAGACAUCAACGAGAUGAUCAUCAAGCAGAAGGCAACACUGCAGGAUUUGGAACAGAGGCGCCCACAGUUGGAAGAACUCAUAACUGCUGCUCAGAAUUUGAAAAACAAAACCAGCAAUCAAGAAGCUAGAACAAUUAUUACUGAUCGAAUUGAAAGAAUUCAGAAUCAGUGGGAUGAAGUACAGGAACACCUUCAGAAUCGGAGGCAACAAUUGAAUGAAAUGUUAAAGGAUUCAACACAAUGGCUGGAAGCUAAGGAAGAAGCUGAGCAAGUCUUAGGACAGGCCAGAGCCAAACUUGAAUCAUUGAAGGAAGGUCCUUACAUAAUGGAUACAAUCCAAAAGAAAAUCACUGAGACCAAGCAGUUGGCCAAAGACCUCCGUCAAUGGCAGAUAAACAUAGAUGUGGCAAAUGACUUGGCGCUGAAACUUCUCCGGGAUUAUUCUUCAGAUGACACCAGAAAAGUACACAUGAUAACAGAGAACAUCAAUGCAUCUUGGGCAAAUAUUCAUAAAAGAGUGAGUGAACGAGAGGCUGCUUUGGAAGAAACUCACAGAUUACUACAACAGUUCCCCCUGGACCUGGAGAAGUUUCUUGCCUGGCUCACAGAAGCUGAAACAACUGCCAAUGUCCUACAGGAUGCUACCUAUAAGGAGAGACUCCUAGAAGACUCCAAGGGAGUAAGAGAGCUGAUGAAACAAUGGCAAGACCUCCAAGGAGAAAUCGAAGCUCACACAGAUAUCUAUCACAACCUAGACGAAAAUGGCCAAAAAAUCCUGAGAUCCCUGGAAGGUUCUGAUGAAGCGGCACUGUUACAAAGACGUCUGGAUAACAUGAACUUCAAGUGGAGUGAGCUGCGGAAAAAGUCUCUCAACAUUAGGUCCCAUUUGGAAGCCAGUUCUGACCAAUGGAAGCGUCUGCACCUCUCUCUUCAGGAACUGCUGGUGUGGCUCCAGCUGAAAGAUGAUGAAUUAAGCAGGCAGGCACCUAUUGGAGGCGAUUUUCCAGCAGUUCAGAAGCAGAAUGAUGUACACAGGGCCUUCAAGAGGGAAUUGAAAACUAAAGAACCUGUAAUCAUGAGCACUCUUGAGACUGUACGAAUAUUUCUGACAGAGCAGCCUUUGGAAGGACUAGAGAAACUCUACCAGGAGCCCAGAGAGCUGCCUCCUGAAGAGAGAGCCCAGAAUGUCACUCGGCUACUACGAAAGCAGGCUGAGGAGGUCAACACUGAGUGGGAAAAAUUGAACCUGCACUCUGCUGACUGGCAGAGGAAAAUAGAUGAGGCCCUUGAAAGACUGCAGGAACUUCAGGAAGCUACAGAUGAGUUGGAUCUCAAGCUGCGCCAGGCCGAGGUGAUCAAGGGAUCCUGGCAGCCCGUGGGCGAUCUCCUCAUUGACUCUCUCCAAGAUCACCUCGAAAAAGUCAAGGCACUUCGGGGAGAGAUUGCACCUCUAAAAGAGAAUGUAAGCCACGUCAAUGAUCUUGCUCGCCAGUUGACCACAUUGGGCAUUCAGCUCUCACCAUAUAACCUCAGCAUUCUGGAAGACCUGAAUACCAGAUGGAAACUACUACAGGUGGCCGUGGAGGACCGCGUCAGGCAGCUGCAUGAAGCCCACAGGGACUUUGGCCCAGCAUCCCAGCACUUCCUUUCCACUUCUGUCCAGGGUCCCUGGGAGAGAGCCAUCUCACCAAACAAAGUGCCCUACUAUAUCAACCACGAGACCCAAACAACAUGCUGGGACCAUCCCAAAAUGACAGAGCUCUACCAGUCUUUAGCUGAUCUGAAUAAUGUCAGGUUCUCAGCUUAUAGGACUGCCAUGAAACUCCGAAGACUGCAGAAGGCCCUUUGUUUGGAUCUCUUGAGCUUGUCAGCUGCAUGUGAUGCUUUGGACCAGCACAACCUCAAGCAAAAUGACCAGCCCAUGGAUAUCCUGCAGAUCAUUAAUUGUUUGACCACCAUUUAUGAUCGCCUGGAGCAAGAGCACAACAACUUGGUCAAUGUCCCUCUCUGUGUGGAUAUGUGUCUCAACUGGCUACUGAAUGUUUAUGAUACGGGACGAACAGGGAGGAUCCGGGUCCUGUCUUUUAAAACUGGCAUCAUUUCUCUGUGUAAAGCACAUUUGGAAGACAAGUACAGAUACCUUUUCAAGCAAGUGGCAAGUUCAACAGGAUUUUGUGACCAACGCAGGCUGGGCCUCCUUCUACAUGAUUCUAUCCAAAUCCCAAGACAGCUGGGUGAAGUUGCAUCCUUUGGGGGCAGUAACAUUGAACCAAGCGUCAGAAGCUGCUUUCAAUUUGCUAAUAAUAAACCAGAGAUUGAAGCAGCCCUCUUCCUAGACUGGAUGAGACUGGAACCCCAGUCCAUGGUGUGGCUGCCCGUCCUGCACAGAGUGGCUGCUGCAGAAACUGCCAAGCACCAGGCCAAGUGUAAUAUCUGCAAGGAGUGUCCCAUCAUUGGAUUCAGGUACAGGAGUCUAAAGCACUUUAAUUAUGACAUCUGCCAAAGCUGCUUUUUUUCUGGUCGAGUUGCAAAAGGCCAUAAAAUGCACUACCCCAUGGUGGAAUAUUGUACUCCGACUACAUCAGGAGAAGAUGUCCGUGACUUUGCCAAGGUACUAAAAAACAAAUUUCGAACCAAAAGGUAUUUUGCGAAGCAUCCCCGAAUGGGCUACCUGCCAGUGCAGACUGUCUUAGAGGGGGACAACAUGGAAACUCCCGUUACUCUGAUCAACUUCUGGCCAGUAGAUUCUGCGCCUGCCUCGUCCCCUCAGCUUUCACACGAUGAUACUCAUUCACGCAUUGAACAUUAUGCUAGCAGGCUAGCAGAAAUGGAAAACAGCAAUGGAUCUUAUCUAAAUGAUAGCAUCUCUCCUAAUGAGAGCAUAGAUGAUGAACAUUUGUUAAUCCAGCAUUACUGCCAAAGUUUGAACCAGGACUCCCCCCUGAGCCAGCCUCGUAGUCCUGCCCAGAUCUUGAUUUCCUUAGAGAGUGAGGAAAGAGGGGAGCUAGAGAGAAUCCUAGCAGAUCUUGAGGAAGAAAACAGGAAUCUGCAAGCAGAAUAUGAUCGUCUAAAGCAACAACAUGAACAUAAAGGCCUGUCCCCACUGCCGUCUCCUCCAGAAAUGAUGCCCACCUCUCCACAGAGUCCUCGGGAUGCUGAGCUCAUUGCUGAGGCCAAGCUACUACGUCAACACAAAGGCCGCCUGGAAGCCAGGAUGCAAAUCCUGGAAGAUCAUAAUAAACAGCUGGAGUCACAGUUACACAGGCUGAGGCAGCUGCUGGAGCAACCCCAGGCAGAGGCCAAGGUGAAUGGUACCACAGUAUCUUCUCCUUCGACCUCUCUACAGAGGUCAGAUAGCAGUCAGCCUAUGCUGCUCCGAGUGGUUGGCAGUCAAACUUCAGAAUCUAUGGGUGAGGAAGAUCUUCUCAGUCCUCCCCAGGACACAAGCACAGGGUUAGAGGAAGUGAUGGAGCAACUCAACAACUCCUUCCCUAGUUCAAGAGGAAGAAAUACCCCUGGAAAACCAAUGAGAGAGGACACAAUGUAGGAAGCCUUUUCCACAUGGCAGAUGAUUUGGGAAGAGCGAUGGAGUCCUUAGUUUCAGUCAUGACAGAUGAAGAAGGAGCAGAAUAAAUGUUUUACAACUCCUGAUUCCCGCAUGGUUUUUAUAAUAUUCAUACAACAAAGAGGAUUAGACAGUAAGAGUUUACAAGAAAUAAAAUCUAUAUUUUUGUGAAGGGUAGUGGUACUAUACUGUAGAUUUCAGUAGUUUCUAAGUCUGUUAUUGUUUUGUUAACAAUGGCAGGUUUUACACGUCUAUGCAAUUGUACAAAAAAGUUAUAAGAAAACUACAUGUAAAAUCUUGAUAGCUAAAUAACUUGCCAUUUCUUUAUAUGGAACGCAUUUUGGGUUGUUUAAAAAUUUAUAACAGUUAUAAAGAAAGAUUGUAAACUAAAGUGUGCUUUAUAAAAAAAAAGUUGUUUAUAAAAACCCCUAAAAACAAACAUAUACACGCGCACACACACACACACACACACACACACACACACAAGACACACACGAACUGAGGCAGCGCAUUGUUUUGCAUUGUUUUAGUGUAAUAUUCAUAUGAGGUUCAUGGCUUUUUUUCUUUCCUUGCAUAUUAAAGAUAGGACUUCUUCUAACACCACCAAAUGACUACUUCACAUUGCUCCUUUGAGUAUCGUUGACUGAGUGGGUCUGGCUGUGGGCUUUCAUUUUAUACAUCUAUAUGUCUAUAAGUAUAUAAAUACUAUAGGUAUAUAGAGAAAGGGAAAGAAUUUCUAUAGACCUUUUAAAUUUCUUCUUCAAAUGUUCCUGCCACUUUCUAAUGGGAAAAAAAAAAAAAAAAACUGCUUCUAGUCAUCUGGACUUACCUGCUUGGUCUUGAAUGAAUUUUCUCUGGAGCCUGAAGCUAGGAGGAAACUACCACACUAAAACAUUGUCCAGGACUCCAGAUGUUUCUCAUUUUAAACUUUCCACUGACUAGAGUAUUGAAUUUUUUUAAAAAAGGAACAUGUGAAGGAAUCCAUAAGACUUACUAUAUCACAGUAAUAUUUUGGUUGAUAUGUUUGGCUUCCUGUUGCUGGCUAAGCCACCAUUUAGAUUUAAUGAUGCUUCUGUGGAAAUUAGGAGCAUCAGAAGGCAUUUUAACUCCCAGGCACUAGGAGGACAGUGGCGGGGCUAUAGGGCUAUGGAUUCCCAGCCCAUCCCUGUGAGGGAGCAGGCCACUCUUAGAGGACUGGAUGAAGAUUCAUAACCAUCCAUACACACAUAUCUAUAAUCACAAAUGAAUUUUUCUGCCCUCUUCUCACAGAGAAGUGAGUGGUUUGUUAUUGUUGUUUUGUCGAUUUUCUUCCCAUCAUGAUGAAUUUUUGAAUGCUGCAAGAAAUUAGUUUAAAAUAACCCUUGGGAAAAUGUGUAAGACAGUAGCCCCAUCACGUUGUGACAGUGGUAAAUAUCCAUCCAGAAGCCCAUGAACUCUGUUUCCCUCCUUCACAUUUCUCUACAAGAAGUUCCACAAAGGUUUGCAAGUGGGAAGGCAAAUCAAUUCAUCUGUUCCAAAAGCAAAUCCUUCUCCAAACCCUUUACGGUGAAUUAGGCAGGAUAAAUAUAUAAGCAAACAAAUUCUUCAAAGUGAGGAGAAACAGUGAAGAGGAAAAGCUAAGGACUGGUAGGAAAAAGCUUUACUCUUUCAUGCCAUUUUAUUACUAUUUAAUUUUUAAAAAUGCAUUAAUUCAAUAGAAAUCAUUGUGUGUCCUAUUACUUUGCAAAUCUGUUACCUCUGACAUCAAGUGUAAUUAACUUUUGGAGUGUGGGUUUUGUCCAUUGUUUUAUUAAUGAUAAUUAACAUCACACACAGCUUCUCAUGCUAUUUCUACCUCACUUUGGUUUUGGGGUGUUCCUGGUAAUUGUGCACACCUGAUUUCACAGCUUCGCCACGUGUGUAUCGUGUGGCCAUUACUCUCCAUUUUCUUUCUCCUUUAUAAUUUCCAAAGCUCUAAGGAGAGCUCUAAGUUACUUGGAGAUUUGGUUUUAGUCUUGCAUUUUUUCCUUUCUCUGACGCUGGACUUUUUCUUUACCCGAGGUUUGUUUUAACCAACAUUUAAAACAAGGGGUUACUUUACAUCCUACUAAGAAGUUUUAGGUUUCACUCUAAAAUCAGAGGUAGAGUGCAUAAUUUUGUUUUAAUCUUUUGAUUUUGUUUUAUCUUUUAGAUAUUAGUUCUGGAGUGAGUCUGUCAAAAUAUUUGAAUAAAAACUGAGAGCUUUAUUGCUGAGUUUAAAGCAUAAUUUGGACAUUAUUUUGUGUUCUUUAUAACCACUGAGUGUUAAACUGUAAAUCAUAAUCAGUGUAACUGAAGCAUAAGCAUCACAUGGCAUGUUAUGUCAUUGUUUUCAGGUACUGGGUUCUUACUUGAGUAUCAUAAUAAUAUUGUGUUUAAACACCAACACUGUAACAUUUACUAAUUAUUUUUUUAAACUUCAGUUUUACUGCAUUUUCACAACAUAUCAGACUUCACCAAAUAUAUGCCUUACUAUUGUAUUAUAUUACUGCUUUACUGUGUAUCUCAAUAAAGCACGCAGUUACGUUACAAAAAGUGUCAA